AUGGAUAGGAAGCUAGCAGAUCUGCGCAAGUCUCCGAAGCGAAAACGGGAUGAUGUCAACUACUACUACGAAGGGAGUACAUCUUCUGCAUGCCCCAGCCCCUCUCGCUCUGCUGCGAGCGUAGCGGAAGUUUGUUCGCCAGACGAGAUCAGCGUCGGAACAAGUAGUCCUCAGAUUACUGUGACCGGCCAGUUACAAGGCCUUGAUAUCCAUGGCAAUGCGACAAACACUGACUAUCUCGCUCACGGUGAUCCUCAGGCACAGCAUGACCACACCCAUCAGGAACAGCAAAGAACUCCGAGGCGGAAAUCACAACUCGGCACACAAGCUGCACUCACAACUACCCCGACAAGGAGUACCAAGAAGAAGCAAUCAAGGACGACGACCGGCACAAUCGAGCCUUCAAAUUCUCCUUGCACACCACCAAAGACAAAAUCUCAACGAAAAUCCCCCCCUCUUACUACGCAGCCAGAGGAAAACCCGCUUACAUGGCACGAUUCAGAAAUAACAGGGUAUGAUCCCACAGACCCAAACGACGAUGGAUACGGUAUGAAUGGGAUAGGGUUCAAGCCUACUGCCGCUGUUGCCUGGGACAGAGUGCAGCGGAGAAAGAGGCAAAUCGCUGAAUGGAAAUCUCGAGAGGCACGCGAAGACCGCAACAAGCGACGAGAGAGGCGGGAUGGUAUUGCUCCAAACGAAGAGGAGAAGGCAGACGAUAGGAAUCGUAAAAGGGUCAAAUUUGAAACUUGA